GUUACGUCUAGUCUAUGAGACCAGACUGGCCGCCAAGGUCCCGUAGCCUAUCAGACAGAGAGGGCUCCGGCGCCAGAGUCACACACACACUCAGCUGAAUAGCGGGACUGUUCUCCUUCCCAAGCGGAGCCUCAUAUCUGUGUCUGUGUUUCCCGGCUCUCCGCUCAUGUGGACGUUUCCUCUCUGUCUCUCCCUCUCGAACACUUGAUCCAGCAAUCCCAACCGCGCGCGCACCACUAGACCACACCAAAAGCCCCGCUCAACUAACGGGACAGAAGCAGUAGCGAUGGUCGGCUUUAGGACACUGUUCCCGGGACUGCUGCUGCUGCUCGCUGGGCUGCCGGGGGGAGAAGCACGGGGACGGGAGAGGGUGUAUUACGUGGGAAUCAAAGAGAUCAACUGGGACUACGCUCCGACUGGCAUGAACCUCAUCAACGGGAAACAAAUAGCGGACGAUGAGCAUGCAUCAUUGUUCCUCCAGAGUGGUCCCCAGCGUAUUGGCAGUGUGUAUAAGAAGGCUGUGUACAGGCAGUACACGGAUGCCUCCUACCUCAUCGAGGCCCCCCGGCCCGGCUGGCUGGGUUACCUGGGGCCUGUGCUGCGGGCAGAGGUUGAUGAUGUCAUCAUUGUGCACUUGAAGAACUUUGCCUCCAGAAACUACUCCAUGCACCCUCAUGGGGUCUUCUACGAGAAGGACUCAGAGGGGGCGCUGUAUCCAGACGGUACAUCAGACAGACAGAAGCAGGAUGACAGUGUUGGCCCCGGGGCCAGCUAUACGUACCGCUGGGAGGUGCGUCCUGAGUUCUCCCCUACAGAGGGAGACGCAGCCUGUCUGACCUGGGUAUACCACUCACAUGUAGAGGCUCCUAGAGAUAUCACUUCUGGACUCAUAGGAGCUCUGCUCACCUGCAAGAAAGGUAUCCUGACAGACGAGGGUCGUGUAGAUGUAGACAGAGACAUUGUUCUGAUGUUCAACGUGGUGGAUGAGUCUAUGAGCUGGUACCAGGAACACAACAUCCAGACCUUCUGUUCUGAUCCCGCCUCCGUCGACCCUGAUGACCCAGACUUCCAGGAGUCCAACAUGAUGCAUGCCAUAAAUGGGUAUAUGUAUGGCAACCUGCUUGACAUGAAGCUGUGCCAGGGGCGCAGGGUGGCAUGGCACCUGUUUGGGAUGGGCAACGAGGUGGACAUACACUCCGCAUACUUCCAGGGCAACACCCUAUUGGACCGCGGUCACCGUGCCGACACACUCAGCCUGUUCCCGGCAACCUUCGUCACCGCGGCGAUGGUUCCCUUGGCGACCGGGAAAUGGCUGCUGAGCUGUCAGGUCAACGACCAUCUACAAGCCGGUAUGCAGGCUCUGUAUGAGGUGGUAUCCUGUGAUGAUGAUGUCAGCCCCUCAGCAGCCCCCCCUGCUGGCCCAGUCAGGAACUACUACCUGGCAGCAGAGACCGUUACCUGGGACUAUGCUCCUACUGGGAUGGAUACACACACCAACCUCUCCCUCACACUGCCCGACAGUCCCUCUGAGGUGUUCUUCGGUAGUGGUGAUGGCAGGAUAGGCGGCCGCUAUAUGAAGGUGGUGUAUCGGGGCUACACAGACGACACCUUCACUACCAGACAACCUCUGACCCCUGAAACACAACACCUGGGAAUACUGGGCCCGGUGCUGAGGGCUGAGGUAGGGGACAUCCUACAGGUGGUGUUCCUGAACAAGGCAGACAGGAACUACAGUAUCCAGCCUCACGGCCUCCACUUCGACAAACAAUACCAGGGAACCAGUUACCAAGACGGUGUAGAGAAGCCAGGCUCAGCUGUGUCUCCAGGCUCCAGGUUCACCUAUACCUGGCAGGUGUUGGAUGGUCCCUCCCUCUCUGACCCUCCCUGUUUGUCCUACCUGUACUACUCUGGCUCCUCCCCUGUAGAGGACACCAACGCUGGCCUGUCCGGACCAUUACUGGUCUGUAGGCCUGGAGCACUGGGGGACCACGGCAAGCAGAGGAACGUGGACAGGGAGUUGUUCCUGCUGUUCUCUGUAAUGGAUGAGAACCUGAGCUGGUACCUUCAGAGGAACAUAGAGACCUAUGGAUCGGACCAGUCAGACCCAGACAACCAAGACUUUCAGGAGAGCAACAAUAUGCACGCGGUGAACGGCUUCAUGUACGGAAACCUUCCAGGCCUGGAUAUGUGUUCCGGGGACAGGGUUUUUUGGUACACCUUUGGGCUGGGUACGGAGGUGGAUAUCCAUGGGGUGUACUGGGAGGGGAACACCUUCCAGAGACACGGUACUACCAGAGAUACACUCAGCCUGUUCCCCCACACCACCGCUGCAGUCAGCAUGCUGCCACACACACCUG